ACAUCUGAUUGUUUUAUUAAUGAUUUUUAUCUACAUCAUUUAUUCUUUAUUCAGACUGAGGAACUGCAGUUUGUCAGAGAUCGACUGUGUUUCUCUGGCCUCAGCUCUGAAGUCCAACCCCUCCCAUCUGAGAGAGCUGGACCUGAGUGUCAACGACCUGCAGGAUUCAGGAGUGAAGCAGCUGUGUGAUUUUCUGGAGAGUCCACACUGUAAACUGGAGACUCUGAGACUGAGUGGCUGCAGUUUGUCAGAGAUCAGCUGUGUUUCUCUGGCCUCAGCUCUGAAGUCCAACCCCUCCCAUCUGAGAGAGCUGGAGCUGAGUGACAACAACCUGCAGGAUUCAGAAGUGAAGCAGCUUUGUGAUUUUCUGGAGAGUCCACACUGUAAACUGGAGACUCUGAGAUUGAGGGACUGCAGUUUGUCAGAGAUCAGCUGUGUUUCUCUGGCCUCAGCUCUGAAGUCCAACCCCUCCCAUCUGAGAGAGCUGGACCUGAGUGAAAACUUCCUGUAUGAUUCAGGAAUGAAGCUGCUGUGUGAUCUGAAGGAGAGUCCACACUGUAAACUGGAGACUCUGAGAUGGGAGACAACUGCAGUUUGAUAAACUGGACGGUGGACGUGUUGAGAGGAUCAGCUGUGUCCUGAUGAUCCAGAGGGAGACUCUGACUGGACCAUGUUACUGGGAGGUAGAGUGGAGAGGAGAGCUUCAUCCAGCAGUGACUGACAGGAAUCACAGGCGGAGAUGACUCUCAGUGCUGCAGCCUGAACUGCUCUGAGAUCAGCUCCACUGUCAGACACAAUGUGAAGUCCACCAUCAUCCCUGUGUGUUCCUCUGGAUCUGACAGUAUCGUCAUCAGUGUAUCAAUGACUGCUCUGUCCUUCUACACUGAAACUCCUGCACUCCUCCUGCUCUGCACUCAACCACGUCCUCCACCCUCCACCUGGACCUCAACUGAAUCUGACUGUAGAUUUUUACUCUUAAUGACGGCAUGGGGUCGGACUGGGAGCAAAAUUCGGCCCUGGCAUUUUUCAUCUGGACAUUUCACAUUUUGCAGUUUUCUCCUUUAACAAUUUCAUUUAUAUUUUAGACUCAACUCUGCUCUUUCUGUCUUUAUUUCAUUUGUUUCUUUCUGCUUCACUUCUGACACCACAUGGACAGAACCACUUGAAGGGGUGGGGGAGAUGACAACAGUCCGUACCACUGCACCUGCCUUUCAGAAUAGGUAGUGUGUUUUGGGGCCGUGUAACCUCUGCUCAGAUGAGCUGUUCCAACAUCAAGUCAGCCAAAACCAGCAGGUCCAUUUAUUCCCCACUUUGCUGGUGGUCCAGUCCAUUUGGCGUUUGCCAGAAUUGCCAGAUUACCAGUCUGAGCCUGUCUCCACACUGUUAGUCUGGCUCUCUGGAUGUGGACUGUGGCUAUCAGCCUGCCAUGGGGCGGCUGAUUACAGCCGUCAUUCUCCCUACCUUUAACUGUCUGCGUGUUAGCGUUUCCACAUCCCCUUCACUACAGGAAACAACAACAACCUGCGAGCUAACAACUUACACACUGAAGAUGGCGAGUUGUGUCAAAGAUUUGGAUCGUGCAAUAAGGCGUGUCUGCUUUGUUGUUUCAGGGAAUUGUUUUAAAAAUCUACAACAAAUCAAACAACUUGUGAACGCACCUCAGAAAAGCCCCGACUCCGUCUUGCAGGACUAUCAUGCCUGAUGUGGAUCUGUUUCCUGACUCGGCCAGUCAGAGUUGAUAUGUCACAUCUUGUAACUCUGGCAGCAGCAUGCUCCAGUCACCGUGACUUAACUAAUGUACCGACCCGUUCCACUUCACAGGAGCUUCUGUGUUACUGUUGUCAUGACGAUCUGCUGGAGCCACAUUCAGCAAAUCAUCUGUGGUUUUACCCGCUGAGCUCCUCCAGAGCUGAAUAUCGUCAGGCUUCACCUCCACAGCUCUUAUUCUUAUUCUUGUCUUUAUUCUUUGGAUGUAUAUACUGUAGUAACCGUUAUAGCACAAUACGUAUUUUAUAUUUCUGAAUGUAACACUAGUUUAUACAGUGUAGUGUACCACAGUGCACAUAUCUGUAUAUUUUUACACACUCACAGACUCAGCACACUGAAGAUAUUUUAUUCUUACUAUCUUAAGCACUAGUGUUAAACAUUGUUAUUUCUAUUUUAUUGGAUUGUAUUACUUUAUAUUCACAUACUUCUAUUUCAUCCUCCUAUUUUUACUUAUAAUUCUUUAGUCUUUACAUCAGAGCGGCUGUAACGAAUCACAAUUUCUCCUCGGGGAUCAAUAAAGUAUUUCUGAUUGUGAAAGGUGAAUCACACAGUGACAUACGACUGUUAAUAAGGAUCGGAGGCCCACGUUAUGAUAUGAUCAAGAUAUAAUAUUAUUGUCAUUUUAAAUGUUUUGCGAUACGCUGAGUAUUAUGAUAACAUUUAUGUUCCAUAAAGUCACCCCACAGCUCGAUAUGCAGACACUUUUCAUUGUUGUUCGAACUUUUUGUUUUGUAAGAUUUAGGUCUCCCCUUAGAUUAUAACCUCUCUCCCUUUCUGUGAACAUUUCCCGCCAGUAGGUUAUUUCUUGCUUUGUACAUUAUUAUCGCUGUUUUGAACAAACAGUGGGUUUGUGUGUUCUCUGUAUCCCGCCUUGUUUAUUGUUCUUAUUGCUCUUUUCUGUAUUGUGCAUAUUGGCUGUAGAGUGCUUUUAUAGAUGUUUCCCCAGACCUCCACACACUAUGACAGAUAUGGUAAAUACAGUGAACAGUAUAGGGUGUGUAAUGAUUUGUGAUCCAGAAUGUGUCUUGUUUUUCCCAGUAUUGCAGUGCACUUUGCCAGUUUUGAUCGUAUGUGGCUGUCAUGAGAUUUCCAGCUGAUUUUGUGGUCCAGGAUCACCUAGAAAUUUUAUUUCAUAAACUUGUUCAUUCAUUCAUUCAUCUUCUAACCGCUUCAUCCUCUUGAGGGUCGUGGGGGGGGCUGGAGCCUAUCCCAGCUGACAUCGGGCGAGAGGCAGGGUAUACCCUGGACAGGUCGCCAGACUAUCGUAGGGCUGACACAUAGAGACACACAACCAUUCACGCUCACAUUCACACCUAUGGACAAUUUAGAGUUACCAAUUAACCUAGUCCCCAGUCUGCAUGUCUUUGGACUGUGGGAGGAAGCCGGAGUGCCCGGAGAGAACCCACGCUGACACGGGGAGAACAUGCAAACUCCGCACAGAAGGGCUCCUACGCCCGGGAUCGAACCGGCAACCCUCUUGCUGUGAGGUGAGAGUGCUAACCACGACACCACCGUGCCGCCCAUAAACUUGUUCUGUUUUUAUAUUAUUUAUUGUCAGUUCUACUUUGAAAUCAGGUUUAUUUUUUUUCCAUUUUUUUCCACAAGUUUUGUUUUGCUUAGAUUUAAUGAUAAUUUAUUUCUGUCAAACCACAGUUUUAGAUGGCGCUCUCUGUUCAACAAAGGGUUACAGGCACACUGGACUGUCCUUGAGCUGUUUUCUUUAAACCAAGAGCGCCAUCUAGUGGGCUCAGAAAAUAAAUCAUUACAUUUCAAAAACUCAUAACUUCUCUAUCUGGACAAAAGUAUGUGGACAUCCUCACACAGCAAUGGUGGGAUGGAACUAAGUACUGUACUUGAGCUACAUUUUGAGCUCCUUGUACUUUCCAUUGACUUUAUACUUUUAUUCCACAUACCUUUCACCAUCUGUACAUCUUGUCAGGUUUUUGAUGAGCUUUACUUUAAUAUUUAAAUCUAGCAGUGCUUUGUUCCCUCAUCUUGAGUCAUCUGAUCAUUUGAGUCUGAUUUUGAAUGUUUGCAUUGAGUUGAUCAAUAUUUAAUAAAGCAGGUAUUUCCAUGAGCACUCAGUGAGUUUAAUAAGUUCAUGUCAGAUCCUUGUUGUCUUGUUGUGUUCUGUGUACGUUUCUGAGACUUUUCUGAGCAGCACUCUGGACUCUGCGUGUCCACCAUUCAGCUGGAUUAUCAUAUUCAUAUUUCAGAUGAGAACAGAGGUGAGAAACAUAAAGUGUGUUCAUAAAGUCAUGUAUUUCCCUCUGUGUGAUGUGACUCUGAGCUGCAGACCAAGAGUCACAA